UUGUGGGUUGGAUUACAGGCUCAAAAUGGCCAGAAACAAAGAACUUUCUUCUGAAACUCGUCAGUCUAUUCUUGUUCUGAGAAAUGAAGGCUGUUCCAUGCGAGAAAUUGAGGGUUUUCUCUGUGUCUUCUGUCAGAGCAGGAGAUGUGUUGUUAGAACUAGCAGGUUGUUGGUGUGAUUCUAGUCUGUCAGAGCAGGAGAUGUGUUGUUAGAACUAGCAGGUUGUUGAUGUGAUUCUAGUCUGUCAGAACAGGAGAUGUGUUGUUAGAACUAGCAGGUUGUUGAUGUGAUUCUAGUCUGUCAGAACAGGAGAUGUGUUGUUAGAACUAGCAGGUUGUUGAUGUAAUUCUAGUCUGUCAGAGCAGGAGAUGUGUUGUUAGAACUAGUAGGUUGUUGAUGUGAUUCUAGUCUGUCAGAACAGGAUAUGUAUUGUUAGAACUAGCAGGUUGUUGAUGUGAUUCUAGUCUGUCAGAACAGGAGAUGUGUUGUUAGAACUAGCAGGUUGUUGAUGUAAUUCUAGUCUGUCAGAACAGGAGAUGUGUUGUUAGAACUAGUAGGUUGUUGAUGUGAUUCUAGUCUGUCAGAACAGGAGAUGUGUUGUUAGAACUAGCAGGUUGUUGAUGUGUUUCUAGUCUGUCAGAACAGGAGAUGUGUUGUUAGAACUAGCAGGAUGUUGAUGUGAUUCUAGUCUGUCAGAACAGGAUAUGUAUUGUUAGAACUAGUAAGAUGUUGAUGUGAUUCUAGUCUGUCAGAACAGGAGAUGUGUUGUUGGAACUAGCAGGAUGUUGAUGUGAUUCUAGUCUGACUGAUAAUGAGAGUGGGCAGGGCUGAGGCUUUUAGGACACACCCACUAGUGUAGAGAGGAGGAUAUGGUCGGUCUGGUUGCUGUUCUGCAGUACCUUAUUAUUUCCUCAUCUCUUCUCCUUACAUCACUUCAUUUCACUCCUCCUCCUCCUCCUCAACAGUGACUAAUCCAAGCCAGAAGCAGUAGCCAGCUCAGGUACUCUCAACAUUCUCUGAUUCUGAGCUAUACUACCAAGACCAAGCUACUACUACUACAGUCACUGUUUCUAGCCAGCUCAGGUACUCUCAACAUUCUCUGAUUCUGAGCUAUGCUACCAAGACCAAGCUACUACUACUACUGUCACUGUGUUACUAGCCAGCUCAGGUACUCUCAACACUCUCUGAUUCUGAGCUAUACUACCAAGACCAAGCUACUACUACUACUGUCACUGUGUUACUAGCCAGCUCAGGUACUCUCAACACUCUCUGAUUCUGAGCUAUACUACCAAGACCAAGCUACUACUACUACUGUCACUGUGUUACUAGCCAGCUCAGGUACUCUCAACACUCUCUGAUUCUGAGCUAUACUACCAAGACCAAGCUACUACUACUACUGUCACUGUGUUACUCUCAACAUUCUCUGAUUCAUGUCCAGGUCGGUUGGCAGAAUGUCUCUGCUGCUUUGUUGUAUAGUGAUGGCUCUGCACCUCUCAACAGGGUUGGAUGCUGCCCCGGGGGUAGUGAACACUACAGAGGAGGAGGUGGAAGGCGUGGACUCCCAGUCACCAUGCCCAGCCGGGUGGCAUCAGAAUGAGCAUCGCUGCUUCUCCUUCUACCCCGUCUGGGCCACCUGGGCCACUGCAGAGUUGUACUGCUCCCAGCACAGAGGGAACCUGGUGUCGGUUCACAGCCCGGGUCAACAGGUGUUUGUCCAGGAUCUGGUCAGGAGACACACAGACCAUCCGGUCUGGAUGGGAGGCUACGAUGCAGCUCAGGAGGGGAUGUGGCUGUGGAGUGACGGCUCAGCUGUUGACAGUUUCUACUGGGAGGAGGAUGAGCCCAGUAACUCUGGACAGGGGGAGAACUGUAUGGAGCUACACACUGGAGGUGGGCAGGGCUGGAAUGACGUGUCCUGUGCAGAGCUGAGGUUCUAUGUGUGUUCUAUGGAGACAAGAUCUGGUUUAGCAUCAUUGCCAAGUCAGAAGAAAUCACACGAGAGAGAGCUGGUUAGAGAGGUGAGUAUUUAUGACGUCCUGUGGGAGACCAAUGAGAGAGUAGCAGAUGAGAUCCUCUACUCAGCCUUCCUCAGAGGGAUGUAUUCCAGACGUCUGCCUGCCCGCUGCUAUGCUGACUUCUGCCACCAGGAGGUGCUAUACUUGGACAGAGUCAUCCCCAUGCUGCGGGUGCUGAUCAGAACAGUCCAGGGUCCUCCAGACAUCAUGAUGUUUCUCCAGAGAACACAUCAACGCUACCAGGAGUCUCUGAAGGAGGCCCAGAUCCAAACUCAACCACACCUGAACCUGUCCUCCAUCCAGCCCUCUGCAGCUGUGCGUCAGUACCUCCAGAGCUUCCAUGACAUUGUAAAUGAGGAGCCCAUCUACUGGCUGGUGUCUCUGCUGCCCAGAGCCCUGCUCAGACCUUACCUGGCACAGAACCUGCCCCUGGGAGAGAGGACCAGACAAGGCCCCAGCCCCUGCCUCUACCCCUGGCUAAACCUCUUCCCCUGCCCCUGCUACCAGUGGGGGAGAGAGGACAUGAAGCCAGACCAGAGGAACCAGAAGGAUGAGUCUGGGACAUAUUACAGGCAUCUACUGGAGAAGUACCAGGAUGUGAUAGACAUCUACAAGGCUGUCAACAUCUUCAGAGCCCAGAUGAUCAACGAGAAGGCUCUCUUCACCUCCAGCUGGUUUCCCACUGGUGACGAGGAGGAAGAGGAGGACCAACCCAACCUGUUGUCUGUGGAGUCUGGUCCUGACGUUACGGUGAAGCUGUAGAAGUGCAGCUGAUUGAAUACAGGGAGCUGAGUGUGUAAGGCUGUGUGUGCUGGCUUUCACACUGGGCAGGACUGUUCCUCUUGUCAGACAUAUUCCAAUAUUCCACUUUUAUGUUGGUAACUUCCCCCAAAUAACUACUGUUCAGACUGUAUUAAUGCAAUAACAUAAUGAAUGUACACAUCUAAUAACACAUUUAAUUAUUGUCAACAAAGGAGCUACAAUAAAAUAAAUAACAUUUAGGUUAUGAAAUCAUAGAAUGAAA